GGUUUAUGAAUAAGAAAAAUUCGAUAUCACUCGCGAAAGAGGAGAAAAACAAAGCACAGACUCUAGAGAGAAACAGAGAGCAAGAGAGAGAGAGACAUGGCUGAAUACGAAGAGCGAUACGAAGAAGAGGUUCACAUCAACUCUCAUGCUCACGCCGAUUCCUCUCCGCAACCACCGGCCGCCGACGCCGCCAACGACGAUCUCACCGACUCCAAAUCUCAUCAUGGAUCUCGUGAUUACGACAGAGAAUCAUCAAGAAGCAGAGAAAAGGAGCGAGACAAAGGAAGGGAAAAGGAUAGAAAGAGGGAAAAAGGGAGGGACAGGGAUCGGGAAAAAAGCAGGGACAGGGAUAGGGAUCAUGAGAGAAGCAGGGACAGGGACAGGGAUAGUGAGAGGAGCAGGGAUAGGGACAGAGAUAGGGAGAGAAGCAAAGAUAGGGAACGUGGUGAUCGGGAUGGGGAGAAGGAAAGGGACCACCAUCAUAGAGACAGACAUAGGGAUCGUAGUGAGAGAAGGGAAAGAGGGAGAGAUAGAGAUGAUGAUGAUUUUUACAGAAGCCGGGACAGCGAUAGACGAAGGGAUUAUGAUAGAGAGGAUAGGCAUAAGCGCAAGUCUCGUUCUCGAUCUAGAUCAAAGUCAGUGGGUCGUUCCGAGCAUAGAUCAAGGUCACGUUCACGCUCAAAAAGCAAAAGGACUAGUGGUUUUGAUAUGGCCCCCCCUGCUUCUGCAAUGUUGGCUGGUGCUUCUGCUGUUACAGGUCAGAUCCCCGGUGCAAAUCCUGCAAUUCCUGGAAUGUUUCCAAAUAUGUUUCCAUUGGCUACAAGUCAGAUGCAGCCAUUUAGUGCUCUUCCUGUCAUGCCAGUUCAGGCUAUGACUCAACAGGCUACAAGGCAUGCUAGGCGAGUGUAUGUUGGGGGCCUUCCUCCUACAGCCAAUGAGCAGUCAGUUGCAACUUUCUUUAGUCAAGUUAUGGCCAAGAUUGGGGGAAACACUGCUGGUCCAGGUGAUGCGGUGGUCAAUGUUUACAUUAACCAUGACAAAAAGUUCGCUUUUGUGGAGAUGAGGUCUGUUGAAGAAGCUAGCAAUGCUAUGGCUUUAGAUGGGAUUAUUUUUGAGGGGGCACCUGUUAAGGUCAGGAGACCUACUGAUUACAAUCCUUCUCUGGCUGCUACCCUAGGCCCAAGCCAACCUAACCCAAACCUUAAUCUGGGUGCUGUUGGUUUAACACCUGGAUCUGCCGGUGGACUUGAUGGACCUGAUCGAAUUUUUGUGGGAGGACUUCCUUACUACUUCACUGAAACACAGAUCAGAGAGCUUUUAGAGACUUUUGGUCCUCUUCGGGGUUUUGAUCUAGUGAAAGAUAGAGAAACUGGGAAUUCAAAAGGUUAUGCAUUUUGUGUUUACCAAGAUCUUGCAGUUACGGACAUUGCCUGUGCAGCUCUCAAUGGAAUAAAAAUGGGAGAUAAGACACUUACAGUUAGACGAGCUAAUCAAGGUGCAAACCCUCAGCAGCCUAAGCCUGAGCAAGAGAGCAUUUUAAUGCAUGCGCAGCAGCAGAUUGCUCUACAGAAACUUAUGUUACAGCCAGCAUUAGUGGCAACAAAGGUGGUGUGUUUAACUCAUGCUGUUUCUGCUGAUGAGCUCAAAGAAGAUGAGGACUAUGAAGAGAUUCUUGAUGAUAUGAGACAGGAGUGCUCCAAAUUUGGUACUUUGGUGAAUGUGGUGAUCCCUCGCCCACCACCCGAUGGUGAACAGUUGCCUGGAGUUGGAAAGGUGUUUUUGGAGUAUGUUGAUGUUGAUGGUGCUACAAAAGCCCGUGCAGGACUGAAUGGACGCAAAUUUGGCGGGAAUCAAGUAAUAGCUGUCUUCUAUUCGGAGAAUAAAUUUGCGCAGGGAGAUUAUGAAGGCUAAUUGUGUUUAUGUCACUUGAAAUUGUAUCUUAAUUGAAGUUUUCUUAGUGAGGAUUGUCAUUUGUAUUAAUUACUUGGUAAGCUGAGUUGUGGGCACAUAUAGUACUUACACUGUUCUUUUUUCGGUAGGAGUUUUGCAUGAUACAGAAUUUGUUGAUAGGUUUGACUAGUAUACUUGGGCCCACCUUGUCCCUUGAUAAAUUCGUUAUGAGCUUGAGUGAGGUUUGUUUGAACUGGACUUCUGCAAUGCAUUAAUCAUAUUAGAACUUUCACA